UUCGUACUUCGUGCGUGGUUCGCAGUUCGCACACCUCAACGCCCAGGUGGCGUUCAUCGAAGAAAGGCUUCUUUUUUCCUUUCCCUUUUCAGUUAUCUGUAUUUGUCCGUCGAUAGAUCGCCUUUCCUCCAUAGAAGUGGGGCAACAAGCAAGCAAAUCAUGCGAGUUACUUCUGCCGGUUCCGGAAAUCCCUUCGUUCCCAGAAGCCGAGGGAAGAAGAAGAAGAAGAAGAAGAAGAAGAAGAAGAAGAAGAAGCAGCAGCAAGCGGCCAUCAGAAUGGCUGAUGCAUAUGAGAUCAGUGCAUUUCCUGAUGAUAUCAACAAUAGUGAUAUGAUGGCUGACUCGAGUAAAACAGACUUGUAUGUGGAGAUAUCAUCAAAUGGAGAGGUGGUUGGGAUAAAUCCAGGGGAUAUUCUAACUCGAGUAGAAUUAGAUUUGGCUUAUGCUUCCGAGAAGUCGCUUAAUUUGAGUCUGUUCACAAUGCAAGUGGCAAACAGGGAAGGUGACUUUGAGGCCCUUGUUUCAGCAUCAAAUGUAGAUUUGUUUUCCGAUACAGCAGGGAAAGGUCUGGAGUUUGAUCUAUUAUCUGGGAUUUUGGAGUUCUUGGUGUCAGAGCUGGAUCAAUUCCUAGGGAAUUUGCAGGCUGAUAUAGAUGAGGUUAGUGGUAUAUUGUUUUCAUAUAAAGAUGCAGGGGGCAUAUCUUUCGUGCUGGAAGAAAAGUUGCAAGAUUGCAAGGCCUCAUUGCAACAGUUGCAAGAUCAAGUGUCAGACAUUUGUGCCCAAUCUUCUGAGUUUAGGAGGACCUUAUCAUCCGUGCAUGGCGAACCAAGUGGGGGAAAUGGAGGGAUGUACUCCCCGGAAAAUGACCAACCGGCAAACAAAAACUCAAUGAUUGAUAUGAAAACAGCAGAACACCAAAGACAGAUCUUGAGGAUGCUUGAGAAGUCCUUGGCGAGGGAGAUCGAUCAUGAAAAGAAGCUGGCCGAGUCAAAUCAACUUGAAGAAGAACUGAGACAUAGGCUACAGUCAGCAGAGGAAGAUGCAUAUUUUAUGGAUGAAGAAGUAAUUGAUGUUUGGGAAAGGUGUUUUGCAGCAGAAAAUACUGCUGAGAUUCUGAUGGGAACCUCGAAAGAGCUAUUAGGUCAACUUCAAGUUCUACAGUUCAACUUGACUUGCACGAGCCAGAGAGAGGCUUAUCUGAAAUCGAGGCUUAAAGAAUCUUCAGACCAAUUGGACGCAAAAGAAACUGCUUUGCAGAAGUUCAAUAGUAGUAGUUCAAAGCUGAAUGACUUCCUUCUAGCUCAAACUGAUAGCCUGAAAGCCAAAUUGGCCGAAGCUGAGGACAAAUUAGUCCUUGCUAAUUCAGAAGCCUUCACUUUAAGUGAGAAGGUCUGUUUGCUCGAAAAGCAGCUGAAAGAAUCUGAGUGUCAGGAGGAUCAUAGCAUUUCGAAUUCUGAAAUCACACGACUGGUUAGUGAAAAUGAGGAUUUGAUGGUAAAACUGUCGAAAGCAGAAAGUAAAGCCGAAAGUGAAGAAAGAAAGUGCCAGUUACUGACAGAAACGAACAUGGAACUCAAUGAAGAAAUUGAGAUUCUUAAACACAAGUCUGAGAAGGUAGGUGGUUUAGAAAAGCAGUUGAAAGAUUAUGAUAUCAGAAUCCAACAUGCUGAGGCAUCUGCUGAAGCUAGUCAAGAGAAGCAAACCAUGUUGUACUCUACAAUAGGAGACAUGGAGAAUCUCAUUGAGGAUCUCAAGUUGAAAGUUUGCAAAGCUGAAGGACAUGCAGACAGUGCAGAGGAUAAAUGCAUCAUACUGUCAGAAUCUAAUGCAGAGUUAAAUGAGGAACUCAGGUUUUUGAGGGGUAGACUUGAACGUCUGGAAGCUUACUUGAAUCGUUGUGAUGAGACAAAAUUAGUUGCUUCAAAGGGCAUUAGCUUUCAGAGUAAAGUGAUGACCGAUUUAGUGAUGCAAUUAGCUAUUGAAAGAGAACGUCUAAGGAAGCAGCUUUCAUCUCUAGCAUUAGAGAAUAGAACCUUGUUAACACAGCGGCAGCAGACAGAAGAUGAAAAGCAUUUAGCUACUGAUAAAAAGGAAUCUGAUAUCCUGGCUGGUGGUUCAAAGGUGGAGGGUAGUCGGGAAACCAUGUUGGAUGGUGAGACUAAAGCUGGGGCUGUAGUUGAUGUGGGAUUGUCCAACCAAAAGCAAGUUUUGAUGGCAAUGGUGGUUGUAUUCAUUUCAGCAACUUUCUACCUUCUCCAACCAGAGAUUCGCGAAUUCUUCCGAAGAUAUUAGGGAUCUAAUUUUAACUGCCCCUGAGGGAGGCUGAGGAUCAGGUAGCAGCAACUCCAUGCACACAAAGCAUCAUCAGCGGCUACUGCAAAUUUUUGUGUUCUUUCAACUGACAAACUGUGAGUUGCGACGCAUAGUUAUAGUAGUUAACUCCUAGUAGUUUCUGCUAGUUUUUGUGUUCUUGUACUGAGAGAAACCACUAGUUCUUGCUAAGAUUUGUCACAUAGUUCAUCUGUUAACUCCUUUCUAGCAUUCUCAUUACUCUCACUUCAGUUCAGAGUCUAAUGAAGUUAUAAGUGGAACUCAAAUGACAUGUCACCAGUCCACUUCAUCUCAUCAACCAGCAGGCUGAGAUUUUUGUAUAUGUUGUCACAUCUCAGAUGGGACUGGUCUCCACUGACAAAUCGAUGCACUUCAUCUCUAAUCUCAAUCCAGCUGCAACCUGGUUCCUUCUUAAGCCUAUUCGCCUUCAUCAUCCUCCUAGCCUCAGAAACCUUGCCCCACAUCCCAGCAUCAGCAUAAAUGUUGCAGAGAAGAAUAUAAGCAGAAGAGUCAUCCGGCGCUAACUGCAAAAUACAACUUGCAGCCUUCUCCGCAAUUUCCACA